AUCUGGUUUUAGCGCGGUAGUUGCUCGCUCUGGAGUCUGAGAGCCCGUGGAAGAAGAGACUUGCUGAGGCCAACCCGAUCCACCAUGACUGGGGAGGCCCCGGCGGCUGCGUCCCUGUCCCGAACCAAAAAGCUUAGUCUCAUCCCUCUUAUCUUCCUCAUAUACUUUGAAGUUGCCGGAGGCCCGUAUGGCGAGGAGCCAGCAGUUCAGGCGGCAGGACCCCUUUUGGCCAUCAUUGGCUUCCUUCGAACUUCAUCCCUUGACAUUCUAUCAUCAAAACGCGCUCCACGAGGUUACUACAAAGGGAAAAAUUGCAAGCCUACUGGUUUCCACACGCGCAAAGGUGGAUAUGUAGUAAUGCAAGAAAAACUGCCAAACUAUGUCGUCCCCGAUCUGACUGAUUUCAAGCUCAAACCUUAUGUGUCUCAGUGUCCUAGAGAAGUCAAUACCUCCGAGGCUUCUGAGGCGACUAAAUAGUGUAACCAAAUAGUGGAGGAUGAUUUUGUCCAUGCAGCUCAUCGUUCUUUGUUAUGCUGUAUCUCCCGCAGAAAUAAUCUACGCAGUUAUCAUAUAUCAUGGUGGCAAAAUCAUGUCCAUUGUCUUCCUUAUGUAGAUUAUUAUUUAAGUUCCGACUAAAAUAUUCAUGUUAGUAUUAAAACAACUAGCAUGUUCCCCCAUGCGAUGCACAGGAGCAUUGCCUUCCAUAAAAAACAAUAUGCUUACCAUUUUUUUUUUGGACUGAAUGAUGCCAAAAUUCUUUCAUUAUUCCACAUCA